UAAAUAUUGUACGACGUUACUCAGUUAGUGUGUCUUAUAAAACUGUGAAAAUAAAUAGAGUUUUGAUUAAAUUCGAUUGUGUGAAUGACAAAAGGACAAAUAUUUAACAAUGAAGGACAAAAGUUUAUCAAAACUCGAAAGCAUGGCAGAUGUACGAGAUAUAUUAGACAUCGAGGUACCUACUACUAGCGAGCUUACAAAAGAAUCAAUUAUAGGCAGUGAUAAAAAAAAUCGUAAAAAAUAUGAAUAUAAAGUGCCAAAGAGACCAGAAGGCAUGCAUCGUGAAGUCUUUGCAUUGCUCUGUAAGGAUAAUAAUGAUGUACCACCGUUAUUUCCAACGGAUACUGCAAAAGGAUACAAACAAGUUAGAGCUAAACUUGGUAUGAAAAAAGUUAGACCAUGGAAAUGGACACCAUUCACUAAUCCGGCUAGAACAGAUGGUGCUGUUUUUCACCAUUGGAGACGAGUUGCAGAUGCUGGAAAAGAAUAUCCUUUUGCUAAGUUUAAUAAAAAGGUUCCUAUUCCAACAUAUACCAAUGCAGAAUAUGUUCAGCAUUUGGUUACAAAUGGUUGGACAAGAGCAGAAACCGAUCAUUUGUUUGAUUUGUGUAGGAGGUUCGAUCUAAGGUUUAUCAUAAUCAAAGAUAGAUGGGAUUGCACAAAAUUUCCUGCAAGAUCUGUAGAAGAUUUAAAAGAAAGAUAUUAUCAAGUAUGUGCAGCUUUGACAAAAGCAAAAUCUCACACUGAUAAAGUUUAUAUAUUUGAUGCUGAACACGAAAAACGUAGGAAAGAGCAGUUAAAAAAAUUAUUUGAAAGAACACCAGAACAGGUAGAAGAAGAGCAAAUGUUAUUAACUGAAUUAAGAAAAAUUGAACAAAGAAAGAAGGAGAGAGAUAGAAAAACUCAAGAUUUGCAAAAAUUAAUAACAGCUGCUGAUCAUCAAGCUGAUCCAAGAAAGAAUGAAAGAAAACCAGCAAAGAAGACUGGAGCUUCUGCUCGAAAUAGACCAAACAAAGCAGAUACCUCUCAUACAGUGGAAUCAGCUGGAAUUAAAUUUCCAGAUUUUAAAAAUAGCGGUGUUUCUCUUCGUUCUCAACGAAUUAAGUUGCCGAGUAGUUUAGGUCAAAAAAAAAUGAAGGGUAUUGAACAAAUGCUCAACGAACUACGAAUAGAAUUAAAUCCACCACCUACUGAGCAAAUAUGUCAACAAUUUAAUGAAUUAAGAAGUGAUAUCGUUUUGCACUACGAACUACGAAGUGCAUUAUCGACAUGCGAUUAUGAAUUGCAAUCAUUGAGGCAUCAAUAUGAAGCUUUAGCACCUGGAAAGACAUUAACGAUACCACCUGCCUUGUUACCAAAAACAGAACCUGAAGUUAAAGCAGACAUAAUAGAUGUGGUGGGUUCACCCAGUAUGCCAUCUAUUACCCAUUAAUUUUUUUAAACAAAUUGCCAAAAAUUGUAAAUAAUAAUUUCUUAUAUCGAAAUGCGAUAUUUGGAUUACGGAGUUCGUUUAUUUCAUUCUCCUGUAUAAUUUUUUUAUUUUUUAUUAGAUAACAAUUAAAAAUAAUUUAACAAAAUGUUGAAAUCA